AUGCCUUCGCUCGAAGUGGACGACUACGGCGUGACACCAGUCACUACGGUCGUCACUUUCUUCGAGGAAUCUCUGGCUGCCGCGAGCACAAUCAAACCGACGUCUGCGAUCGAUCCUCCCCUGGAAGAAGCCGACCUCGAAGGUGUUCUUGCACGGCUGCCCACAACGUCCCAUACCAGUGAUUCACAAGACGUCGCAGCGUCACGCCAGGAACGACACCAUAGAUUUGCCGUCAUUGAAACCGCGGCCCGCGGCAUUCUCAGCAACCUUAUCGCCCAGGUACCCAUCGACUCAGAUGACUUCGUCAAAAUAUGGAACCUGUUCGAUAUACUCCAGUGCCUUUCCGAUCGUGGCCAAUGCGACCCAGCUCUGCUCGUAUGGCUACUCGAAGAUCUCCUCGACAGCCAGACCAUUCCAGGAUGUCGCAAGAUUUUCGACUACCUCGAGUCGCGAAGGCAACGUAUCAUAUCGAAAAAUUUCAACGAAAAGAAACUCAUCAUCUUGAGAAGCUGUAAUGAGCUGCUGCGCCGACUUUCACGAGCUGAAGACACGUCUUUCUCGGGCCGCGUCUUCAUUUUCCUCUUCCAAAGCUUCCCCCUUGGCGACAAGAGCUCGGUCAACCUCAGGGGCGAGUACCAUACUCAAAAUGUCACAAUCUACGAUCAAGAUGCUUCAAAGCCCGAUGCCGCUGAGGACAAGAUGGAGGUCGACUCAGAGGCAACCCCCGCUAAAGACGGGGAGCGACCGGGACCUGGCAAGGCCGUGUCUUUCAGCGACAAGAAAGAAGGAGCACUUGACAAGCCGCUAGAUGCCGAUGCACUGUACCCGGUGUUUUGGUCCCUGCAAGAGAGUUUCAAUCAACCCAAGAAGCUCUUUUCGCCCGCGCACUUUAGCCAGUUCAAGACCUCGCUACAGGCUUCCAUGGCGGCAUUCAAAGCGAGACCGGUACAGCAAGAGCCGAAAUCUUCGAGGCAGGCAGAGGAUAGCAAGCGGGGGCUGAAGAGGAAAAGGAGCUCUGAGGUCGACGCGAUUGUCGACACUUUUAAUCCGAAGUACUUGACAAGCCGUGAUCUGUUCGAGCUAGAGAUUGGCGACUUGUCAUUGAGGAGAUAUGUCCUCUUUCAAGCACUCAUCAUCAUGGACUUCUUGCUGUCGCUAUCUCCGAAAGCUAAGGAGGAGUUGUCAUCGAUACCGCAAGUCAAUAAGUCUGUGGCUUACUUGGAUCAAACUCUCAGCGAAGAGGAUAUCAAAUGGGCUACAGCAAUGAAGUCGGACAUCUCGAAGUAUCUGCUGAGCACGACGCCUGAUGGCCCCUUCUUCCUGAGGCUUGUCGAAACGGUGCUCAUCCGAGAUAAGAACUGGGUCAGGUGGAAGAUUGAAAAUUGCCCACCAAUCGAGCUCCCGGCCGUCACGCCUCAGGAAUGGGUUGAGACCAUGAGGACUGCGAAGCAGCAGACGACAAACAAGAGGAUACGAAGGGAGGCCAUGGGUUCGCUGUCGCUCGAGUUUUUGAACGAUGAGCAGGACGCAAACGCGGUGGAGAAGCUGAAGGACCCAGAGAGGUACCAGCUUCCGGAGCUCGGGAGCUUCAAGCGGAAGAUCCAGGAGGACGACCUCGAGAUCGAGAUGCCGCUUUCCAAUGACUCAAAGGCUGCCGCCAUCGAAGGCAAAGCGAGCAAGACCUGGAGGGCCCUGCGGAUUGCGAGCAGAUCGAAAUUGGCGGUGUUCGACCAGAUCGAUUCCUACGAGGACAUCAAUGUUCUCUUUGAGGAGAAAAAGCCCGAGGGGGAAUCGAGGGAGGAUGAGGAGGGAGAGCAGGCGCAUGAAAAUGGGGACGCUGGAGACCCUGGGGACGUUGACCAGGCUAUGGAUGAAGUGAAAGAGCAGGAAUCCGAACUUGUCCAGGGAAAUGGCAACAGCGAAGCCGCGGUUGUGUCUGUGGAAGCGGUGGCGGGGCAAGCUGGAUCAAAUCUUCACACUUAG